AUGCCUCACUCCGAGAUGUCCGCACCUGUCGUUGUCUCGAAAACUCCUUCGGGAGUCCCUCCCACCGUCGAGGAGGUUUCCUCGCUUAUGAACACAAUCUUCACGGCCGAGACCUCACAACAGUCUCUCGAUGCUGCCUACGGGCUGACCAACCUUCUCAUCCAGAGCGUCGGAACGUUUGGUCUUCAAAGAUACAACAUCCUCCCGGAGAUCAAAAGGGCUGCCACCGAUAAGAAGAGCGGUGCCCGACGUGAGAGUGCCAUGUUGAUCAUUGGUGCCCUGUUCGAGCGUUUUCCUCGCGAGCACCCCCUCAGCGAAGUCGUCUUUCUUCUUCAGGAUGGUGGUGUCUUGAAUCUGGCACUCGAUUCCCUGGCUGACAAGGGCGCCGUCGUGCGCGAUGCGGCCCAGUACGCCAUCGACGCGCUCUUUGAUUGCUUGAAACCAGAGUCGUUGGUCAACGCUCUCAUUCCCGCCCUCUCGGCAUAUCUCAACAAGAGCUCCGGUAAAUGGCAGGGCUUCGUUGGUGCGUAUGCCUUGUUGGAAAAGAUGGCCAUCAAGGCGCAGAUUGGUAUGGGAACCAUGGAGGAGGAGCGCCAGAAGGAUCUUCUGCGCAGCGCCAUGGGCAAGACUCUCAAGGAGCUGAUUCCCCUGGUUGAGUCUGGGAUGCACGAUCUCAAGAACGAAGUGGCCAAGCAGGCCAGCAAAACCAUGACUGCACUCACUACCCUGCUGGACAACGACGAUGUCGCUCCUCGCAUUCCCCUGCUUAUCAAGACCAUGGAGCAGCCUUCCGAACAGACUUUGCAAAACGCUAUCCACGCCCUGUCUCAGACUACCUUUGUCGCCAUCGUCACCUCGCCCGUCCUCGCCCUUUUGACCCCGUUGCUCGAACGUUCCCUGAAUGCCCCCACGACGCCCCAGGAGACCCUGCGCCGCACCGUGGUCGUUGUGGAGAACUUGACCAAAUUGGUCCAUGACCCGGCGGAAGCACGCACCUUCUUGCCCAAACUCAAGCCCGGUGUCCAGGCGGUCAAGGAUCGCGCUUCGCUACCAGAAGUCAGAGAACUCGCGACCCGCGCCAUGAAUGUCAUCGACAAAGCUAUGGGUGACAGCAGCCUGGCGGCCGGCUCCGUGGCGAAGACGACCGCUGAAGAUGUUCUCACUGUGCUUGAGGCCAAGAUCAAGGAGAACGGUGGCCUUGCAGUGCCCAGCGAGCACACCCUCUUCGAGCUCGGCAAGAGCUACAUCGCUGAGAUGGUGCGCGAGGAUGUCAACGCCAGAAUGCACGAUCGCAUUCCUGCCUGUGUUGGCCCUUAUCUUCGUGGACUCCUCCAGGAUGACAAGCACGAGGCUGUCGCUUCGGCCGUCCAGGAGCACUUCAUCGAGGAAGAUCACCGCAAGUUUGGCAAGCCCGUUCCUGACGACCCCAACGAGGUGGAGAUUGUCAACGCCAACUUCUCCCUCGCUUACGGAGGAAUGCUUCUCCUUUCUCACACGAACCUUCGUCUUCUCAAGGGCCACCGCUACGGCCUCUGUGGUCGGAACGGUGCCGGCAAGUCUACCCUCAUGCGCAGUAUUGCCAAUGAGAAGCUCGAGGGGUUCCCUCCGCAGGAUGUGGUCCGCACGUGCUUCGUCGAGCACAAUCAGGGCGAAGACGCCGAUCUGAGCAUCAUCGAAUAUGUGUCCAAGGACCCCAAGAUUGCCGAAGCCGGACAAGAACACAUUAGCCGUAUUCUCCUCGAAUUCGGAUUUACCGAUGGCCCCGAGGGAAGACAGAACCAGCGUGUUGGGUCCCUCUCUGGUGGUUGGAAGAUGAAGCUGGCUUUGGCCCGUGCUAUGCUCAUGAAGGCUGAUGUGCUGCUUCUGGACGAACCGACUAACCAUCUCGAUGUCGCCAACGUCAAGUGGCUGCAGGAGUACCUGAAGAAGCACACUGACAUCACCAGUCUUAUUGUCAGUCACGACUCUGGAUUCUUGGACGAGGUCUGCACCGACAUCUACCACUACGAAGGAAAGAAGCUGGUCCACUACAAGGGCAACCUGGCCGCUUUUGUCAAGCAGAAGCCCGAAGCCAAGAGCUACUACACCCUGUCCUCCAGCAUGGUGCAAUUCAAGUUCCCUCCCCCCGGGAUCCUGUCCGGCAUCAAGUCCAACACCCGCUCCAUCCUUCGAAUGACCAACUGCUCUUAUACCUACCCUGGUGCGAGCAAGCCGUCGCUGGUUGACGCCUCCCUCUCGCUUUCCCUCUCGUCUCGCGUCGCCAUCAUUGGUGGAAACGGUGCUGGUAAAUCGACUUUCAUCAAGAUGUUGACGGGUGAGACGAUUCCCCAGACAGGAAAGGUUGAGAAGCACCCCAACCUUCGGAUCGGAUACAUCAAGCAGCACGCUCUGGAGCACGUUGAAAUGCAUCUCGAGAAGACUCCCAGCCAGUACCUGCAAUGGCGUUAUGCCAACGGAGACGACCGCGAAGUCUUCCUCAAGCAGACCCGAAUUCUGACGGAGCAGGACAAGGCGCAGAUGGAGAAGCCGGUCGACCUCGGAGACGGCCGGGGCCCUCGCCGCAUCGAAGCCAUCAUGGGUCGUCAGAAGUGGAAGAAGACCUUCCAGUACGAAGUCAAAUGGGUCGGCCUUCUUCCCAAGCACAAUACCAUGAUCUCGCGUGAGACCUUGGUCGAGCUUGGCUUCUUCAAGCUAGUCCAGGAGUUUGACGAUCACGAAGCCUCCCGUGAGGGCCUCGGUUUCCGAGUCCUUGAACCCAAGGCGAUCUCGAAACACUUUGAGGAUAUCGGUCUGGACCCUGAGAUUGCCAACCACAACCAGAUCUCCGGUCUCUCCGGUGGUCAAAAGGUCAAGGUUGUCCUGGCCGGUGCCAUGUGGAACAACCCGCACUUGCUGGUGCUGGACGAGCCGACCAAUUUCUUGGACCGUGACUCUCUGGGUGGUCUGGCAGUGGCCAUCCGUGACUUCAAGGGAGGUGUCGUCAUGAUUUCCCACAACGAAGAGUUCGUGGGUGCCCUGUGCCCCGAGCAGUUGCACAUCGCCGAUGGUCGCAUUGUCGCUCGCACCAACACCGCCGUCGCUCUCGACCGCUUCGAGGACAGCGCCGCCAGUUCUCCUCAGCCCGGCAGCACCGUCGCCAACUCGGCGGCUACCAGCGCCGCUCCCUCGGCUGUCAACUCUGGCGCCGAAGAUCAAGGCGAACUGAAGUUCAAGGCCAGGAAGAAGAAGAAGAUGACUCGUGCUCAACUGAAGGAGCGCGAGGCGCGCCGUAGAUUGCGUCACCUUGAAUGGUUGCAAUCUCCCAAGGGUACUCCCAAGCCCCCCGACACUGAUGACGAAGCUGAAUAG